AUGUCCGAGGACCCGCAGCAAGACGCCGAUCCGUUGUCCAGCUCCAUGCGCCGCAGGAAGGAGGCGCGGAAGCUCCCGUUCAGCAAGGUUGGGACGCUGCGCUUUCCGUCGAGCAAGCGGAUGCCUGCGCGAUGGGUAAAGAUUGAUCUCAACACCAGGUCUGCCGAGCGGCAGGCCAUGGUCGACCGGCUUGCGAGCCUGUCGAGCGAGCAGAUCAGCAACCUUUCGAGGCGCUUCUACCCGAGAUUCUCCGCGCAGGAGCUGCGGGAGAAGCUGGCGCACCUGACGGCGAUGCCGCCCGCACAGUCGUCUCCGGACGGCCAGCUGCUGGGAAAGGCGCUCGAAAUUGCCGCCACCAGUGCUCUUCGCGAGCUCGUGUGCGGCGAGCAGUCCAUCUGGCAGCUGCCGCCGCCGUCCGCCCUCAUCUCGGUCACGGGCGGCGCUGGAUCCCUCAACAUGACCGACAAGCAGAAGCUUGUCUUUCGGCGCGGGCUGCUGUCCGCGGCUCGCACGACCAACGCGUGGAUCAUGACGGGCGGCACUAACGCGGGCGUGAUGGAGAUGGUGGGCCGGAUGCUGCAAGAGUCCUCGGUCGAGGUGCCGUGCAUCGGCGUCACGUCGUGGGGCGUGGUCGCCGACAAGGAGGAGAUGGCCAAGAAGGCCAACGGCCGGAUCGCGGUCGGCGCCAUACACGAGCUCAAAGGCUGA